CCAGGCCCAGCGUCUCUCUCUUUAGGGAUCUGGUCGGACACGCUUUGUUCUGAGGUCACCCGUAUUUCACUCAGAUCUGAUGUUCUACUUGAGCUAAAGCCUCAAACAGUUCAGCCCCUGCGCUGGACGCAAGAAACGCGAGAAUUUUCUGCAAAUGAUGACAAUUACGUCGGAUCUCGUCUGUUUCGAUCCGUAUUAAGUUGAGGUUUAGCGGAAAGAUCUCUUCGGUUGAGAUAAACUGAGGAGAAAACGAUGGAGUGGACAACGGUCCAACAUUUGGAUCUUCGCCACGUUGAUCGAGGCGUCAAACCCUUGCAGCCUCAUGCAGCAGCAUUUCAUCCAAAUCAGGCGCUUGUAGCUGUCGCCAUCGGAAACUAUAUAAUUGAAUUUGAUGCGCUUACUGGUUGCAAGAUCUCUUCAAUUGACAUUGGUGCUCCCGUUGUACGCAUGUUAUAUAGCCCUACCAGUGGACAUGUUGUAAUUGCUAUUCUUGAGGAUUGUACAAUCAGAUCUUGUGACUUCGACACUGAGCAAACUUGUGUGUUACAUUCACCUGAAAAGAGGAUGGAACAAAUUUCUUCUGACACGGAGGUCCAUCUUGCAUUGACACCUCUCCAACCAGUUGUAUUUUUUGGUUUCCACAAACGGAUGAGUGUAACAGUUGUUGGAACUGUUGAAGGUGGAAGGGUACCAACAAAAAUAAAGACAGAUCUGAAAAAGCCUGUUGUCAAUCUUGCUUGUCAUCCUCGCUUACCUGUCCUGUAUGUAGCAUAUGCUGAGGGUUUGAUUCGAGCUUACAACAUUCAUACUUAUGCUGUUCUUCAUACACUACAACUUGAUAAUACAAUUAAGCUUAUUGGUGCUGGUGCUUUUGCUUUUCAUCCAACCUUGGAGUGGAUAUUUGUUGGUGAUAGACGGGGUACACUUCUGGCAUGGGAUGUAUCGACUGAGAGGCCAAGCAUGAUUGGAAUUACACAGGUGGGCUCCCAGCCAAUCACCUCAGUUGCAUGGCUUCCUAUGCUCCAGUUGCUUGUCACUCUUUCCAAGGAUGGAGCUCUUCAAGUGUGGAAAACACGAGUUAUAGUUAAUCCAAAUAGGCCUCCUAUGCAAGCAAAUUUUUUUGAGCCUGCUGGAAUUGAAUCAAUUGAUGUCACACGAAUACUGUCUCAGCAGGGUGGGGAGGCAGUUUAUCCCUUGCCACGAAUCAAAUCUUUAGUAGUUCACUCAAAACUAAAUUUAGCAGCAUUGCUGUUUUCAAAUGUGACAGGUGGAGACCACUUGAAAAAUAGGGCUGCUUACACUAGGGAAGGAAGGAAACAGCUCUUUGCUGUUCUGCAAAGUGCAAGGGGAUCAUCAGCCUCUGUUUUGAAGGAAAAACUUUCAUCUUUAGGUUCAUCUGGAAUUUUAGCUGAUCAUCAGCUUCAAAUGCAAUUGCAGGAGCAUCACUUAAAGGGCCAAAGUCAGCUUACUAUAUCAGAUAUUGCACGGAAGGCAUUUCUCCACAGUCAUUUCAUGGAAGGUCAUGCCAAUAUUGCUCCAAUAUCUCGGCUGCCUCUCAUAUCUAUUUCAGAUGCUAGCUAUCUUCUGAAGGACAUGCCUGUUUGCCAGCCAUUCCAUUUGGAGCUGAAUUUCUUCAAUAAAGAGAAUCGAGUUCUUCAUUAUCCCGUGAGGGUAUUUUAUGUGGAUGGCGUUAACCUUAUGGCAUAUAAUCUUUCUACUGGAUCAGAUAAUAUGUACAAGAAGCUUUAUUCCUCGAUUCCUGGACAUGUAGAAUACCAUCCAAAAAAACUGCUAUAUAGUACAAAGCAGCAUUUAUUUCUUGUUGUUUUCAAGUUCAGUGGUGCUACAAGUGAGGUUGUUCUUUAUUGGGAAAAAACUGAUUUUCAGUUGGCUAACAGCAAAGGAAGCACAAUAAAAGGUCAAGAUGCAGCAUUCAUUGGCCCUAAUGAGAAUCAGUUCGUGAUUCUUGAUGAUGAUAAGACCGAUCUGGCUCUGUACAUUCUUCCAGGGACAACUUCACAAGAAAGUGUUGAAAAUAAUGGAACACACGAACCAGACUCAUCUUCUGAUACAACUGUUGGUUCAAUUCGUGGUCCAUUGCAGUUCACUUUUGAAACUGAAGUUGAUCACAUCUUUUCUACACCACUAGAAUCAACUGUCAUGUAUGCCUGUGAUAGCAGCCAUAUUGGGUUAGCAAAGUUGAUUCAAGAAUACCGCCUUUCAACUGAUGGUGGCCAACAUAUAUCAACAAAAACUGAAGGGAAAAAGUCAAUCAAAUUGAAAGCAAAUGAGAUUGCACUCCAGGUCCACUGGCAAGAAACCCUUAGAGGCCAGGUUGUGGGAAUACUGACUAGCCACAGGGUGCUAAUUGCUUCUGCAGAUCUUGAUAUAUUGGCAAGCAGUUCUAUGAAGUUUGAUAGUGGACUUCCUUCAAUAUCCUUAAAAAAAUCCCUUUUAUGGGUUGGGCCUGCACUUGUUUUUUCAACUGCAACUGCAAUUAGUGUUCUUGGAUGGGAUGGCAAAGUCAGGACCAUUCUCUCAAUUAGUAUGCCUUAUUCAGUUUUGGUUGGUGCUUUGAAUGAUCGAUUAUUGCUUGCAAAUCCAACGGACAUUAAUCCUAAACAAAAGAAAGGGAUUGAGAUAAGGAGCUGUCUUGUUGGCCUUCUUGAACCUCUUCUUAUUGGUUUUGCUACAAUGCAGAAACAUUUUGAACAGAAGCUUGACUUAUCAGAAAUUCUUUACCAAAUAACAUCAAGAUUUGAUAGCUUGCGCAUUUCUCCAAGGUCUCUUGAUAUUCUUGCUAGUGGUUCUCCUGUCUGUGGAGAUCUUGCUGUAUCACUGUCCCAAGCAGGUCCACAGUUUACUCAGGUGUUGCGGUGCAUCUAUGCAAUCAAAGCCCUCCGUUUCUCUACAGCUUUGUCAGUUUUAAAAGAUGAGUUCUUGCGUUCAAGAGAUUAUCCACAAUGUCCUCCUACUUCUCAUUUGUUUCACCGGUUUCGACAAUUGGGAUAUGCUUGUAUCAAGUAUGGUCAGUUUGACAGUGCAAAAGAAACUUUUGAGGUUAUUGCAGAUUAUGAAAGCAUGCUUGAUCUAUUUAUAUGCCAUCUUAAUCCCAGUGCCAUGCGGCGUCUUGCUCAAAAAUUGGAAGAUGCUGAUGCUGACUCAGAAUUGAGGCGCUAUUUUGAAAGGAUUUUACGGGUCCGUUCAACUGGAUGGACACUGGGUAUUUUUGCCAAUUUUGCUGCUGAAAGUAUGGUUCCUAAAGGGCCAGAAUGGGGUGGUGGAAACUGGGAAAUCAAGACUCCCAUUACCAUGAAGGAUAUACCUCAGUGGGAGUUGGCAGGAGAAGUAAUGCCAUACAUGAAGACAAACGAUGGUACCAUUCCAUCUAUCAUCCCAGAACAUAUUGGUGUCUAUCUGGGUGUAAUUAGAGGAAGGGGCAAUGUGAUAGAAGUAAGGGAAGAUAGUUUGGUUAAUGGAUUCCGAGCACCUGCAGCUAAACCUGUAUCCAGUAAGCUCAAUGGUAUGGCUGAUGGAGAUGCUAAGUUGGGUUCCUUGGCUGGUUUGGAAACCCUUAACAAGCAAUUGGCAGGCAACACUGCUGCAGAUGAGCAAGCAAAAGCUGAAGAAGAAUUUAAGAAAUCACUAUAUGGUGCUGCUGCUGAUGGUAGCAGCAGUGAUGAGGAGGGAGUAUCAAAGGCCAGAAGGAUCCGCAUACAGAUACGAGACAAGCCAAUUGCAUCUACUCCAGUGGAUGUCAAUAAGAUCAAAGAAGCCACCAAGCAGUUGAAACUUGGUGAAGGGUUGGGUCCACCCAUUAGUAGGACCAAAUCUUCAGAUCUUGCAAUGGUUUUGACCCAACCAGGUCCUGCAACCACUGCAACUGUGACACCUCCUGUUUCUUCUCCUGCUGAUCUAUUUGGAACUGAUUCGUUGGUACAACCUGCAAAAGUGGGACAAGUAACCCCAACAGUUAUGGGUGUGGGAGUUACUGCUGGACCUAUCCCUGAGGACUUUUUCCAUAAUACAAUAUCAUCCCUUCAGGUUGCAGCCUCUUUACCUCCUCCUGGGGCAUAUACGACAAGGUCGGAUCAAAAUUCUCAAGGGCUUGACAUGAACAAGGUACCCAACCAAGUUAAUGCAGCUGCUGAUAUAGGCCUUGCAGAUCGAGGAGUGCCCCCCCAGGCAACUCAACAGCCUGCUAUCCCACUUGAGUCCAUUGGCCUGCCAGAUGGUGGUGUGCCACCACGGGCAACUCAACAGCCUGUUAUCCCACUUGAGUCCAUUGCGCUGCCAGAUGGUGGUGUGCCACCACAGUCCAUGGGCCAGGCUGGUCUCCCUCCACAAUCCCAGGCUCCAGCUGUGCAGACUCCAAUCUCUUCACAGGCGCUUGAUCUGAGUGUUCUUGGUGUACCGGGAUCUGUCAUUGCCGGAAAACCUCCUGCCUGCCCCACUUCUCCUCCUGCUGUUGUGCGCCCUGGACAAGUUCCUCGUGGGGCUGCUGCUUCAGUAUGCUUUAAAACUGGACUUGCACACCUUGAGCAGAAUCAACUUCCAGAUGCACUUUCUUGUUUUGAUGAAGCUUUUCUUGCACUGGCCAAGGACCAGUCUCGUGGAGCUGACAUUAAAGCUCAAGCCACCAUCUGUGCUCAAUACAAGAUUGCAGUUGCUCUACUUCAGGAAAUUGGACGGCUGCAGAAGGUACAAGGACCUAGUGCAAUUAGUGCAAAAGAUGAAAUGGCAAGACUCUCCCGCCACCUGGCUUCCUUACCACUUCAAACAAAGCAUCGAAUAAACUGCAUAAGGACUGCCAUAAAACGGAACAUGGAAGUGCAGAACUAUGCUUAUGCAAAGCAGAUGCUCGAUCUCCUCCUGUCAAAAGCACCACCUAGUAAGCAAGAUGAGUUGAGGAGCUUGAUUGACAUGUGCAUUCAGAGGGGAUUGUCCAACAAGUCCAUUGAUCCAUUAGAAGAUCCUUCCCAAUUCUGUGCUGCCACGCUCAGCCGCCUGCCAACCAUUGGACAUGAUGUUUGUGAUCUCUGUGGGGCUAAAUUUUCUGCCCUUUCAACUCCUGGCUGCAUCAUUUGUGGUAUGGGGAGCAUUAAAAGAUCGGACGCUCUGACAGGGCCUGUUCCUUCACCUUUUGGUUGAUAUCAAACUUUAAACUAUACCAUUUAGGACCAAAUUCCCCAUUGGUCGACAGUUAUUUGAGCCAAAAAGAAUUUUCAAGCACGAAGCCACCAUACGAAUCGAAUUAAUCUUUUGGGGAUCCCGAAUAGUUACAAUUUGUUCUUUUUUUUUUUCCUUGCAUUUUAUUUUUCUGGCGUGGGGGACGUGGUUGAGAGACUUUGGCUUAUUAGUUCUGUAAUAUAUCGCGUUUUUGAGUUAUGGUUUUAUUUUUGUUUAUCCUUUUUCUCUUGUAUAUUUUAAUAUUUUAAUUGCUUAACUAGGCCUUCCGAAACACUAAAGAACGGGUAUGUCAUUUGCUGCCUUGUUUGUAAGUUGUAAGUUGUAACCUAUGCACGAGUGGAAAAAAUGGUCUUCCAUAGGUGCAAUAAAAUGGUUUUACAUCCUGUGAGAUCGGCGAUUGCCAUUC